AUGUUUUACGCACUUUCCAGCUGGAAUUCAAUUGCUUCUCUACUAAAUGAACUUGUCGUUGAGGAGUCCAAUUUAGUUUUGAAUGCAACCAACGUUCCUGGAGAAGAGAAUUCGGAAGAGAAAAACAGGAUUAGAGAGAGGGCGGUUAAACACGUCAACAUGCUGUUCUUGAUUAGAGUACUUCCAAACUGUCGAGAGGGCAUUGAGAUCGUUCCUGAAUUACUUGAUAGUUAUUUAUCUGUUAGAGAGAGUAAGGGUCAUCCUCUGAGACCAGAGGUUUGA